CUUUCCUUCCUUGACAAGGCUUUAUUCUUUUCAUAACAGUUUUCAAGAUUUUUAAUUUUAGUCUUUUUUUCUUUUUUCUUUUUUGUGAUUAGCUUCAAAUGAUUAGGAAAGUUGCAAGGAUGACAGGGAUGGCCCACCAAAGUGUUUAAGGGGACAGGUGCAAAUAAUUGUGUGAUAUUUGAGGUUUCUCUGUCCAAAGAGUAGUUUGAGGACUCACAAGUUGAAUCUGUGUAACUGUGGAUCAGUCACGAGUUUGUAAUAGGCUACUAGUCCAUGAGGAAAAGGGUCAUUCAAGAAGCUUUUUGAAUAAAGAAUCAAGUGUUUGUUGUAAGAUAAAAGUGAAAAUGGAGACGCUGAAUCAUAAGUCUAUUGAGAGAGUGGUUUCGCAGAGAGCACUGCAAAUGGGUAGUUCAUUUCCAUGUCAAAUUUGUGUGGUGGGAUUUCUAUGUGGAGUCUGCCUCACCUCUUUGUUCUUGGCUGCUUUGACUUCCUUUGGCACCUUUCAGUUUGGUCCUAUUUCAUUUUCAACCAUGUCAAUGGCUAAUUCAUCAGGGAAUUCAACUUCUCAUCAUAAUAUCGGUAUGGUUACACGUACGGACUGCAAUUUGAAGCUUAAGGAAACUAAGAGAUUAUGGGAUUUGAAGAGCAGUAGAGAGCAAGAUAAUAGUGACAAAGUCUCAUUGCUUUAUUCAGCUUGGAGUGCUGUGUUAAAUAAAUCUACAACUGGGGCAAAUGAGUACUUGCAAGAACAUGGCAUCAACGGGUCAGGUUUGCCUAAUGCCCCGCAUUUUGAAAACUGCAAGGUGAAAACACAGCUAUAUGGCCAUCUUGAUAAGCGUACAGGAAAUGAGAGCUUCCCUCCAUGGACAAUUUGGAAGGGUUUUUUACAGAAGCUCCCUGUUGCUGCAUCCAAUGAGGAGAUCAAAAAUUUUAGGCAGCAGGCUGUAACUGAGGGGGCUUAUCCACCCUGGAUUGCAGGAUCUGAUGAAGAGAACUAUCCCUUGACUAGAAAAGUGCAGCGUGACAUAUGGAUCCAUCAGCAUCCUUUAGACUGUAGCAACCCGGAUGUCAAGUUCCUUGUUGUUGAUUGGGAGAGAUUAUCUGGAUUUGGUAUUGGGGCUCAGAUUGCUGGGAUGUGUGGACUUCUUGCUAUUGCAAUCAGCGAAGAAAGAGUCCUUGUCACUAACUAUUAUAACAGGGCUGAUCAUGACGGUUGCAAAGGGUCUUCCCGGUCUAGUUGGAGUUGUUACUUCUUUCCAGAAACAUCCCUAGAAUGCCGUCAGCGUGCAUUUGAACUUAUGAAAAGUGAAGAGGCAAGGAGUAAAGGAAUUCUGACCACAAAAGAAAAUUAUACAUCCAGGCAUAUAUGGGCUGGAACAACUCCUAGGAAAUGGGGGCUUCCAUGGAAUUAUUUGCAACCUACAACUGAUAUAAAUGGGAGUCUGGUGACAUCUCAUAGAAAAAUGGAUAGACGGUGGUGGAGAGCACAGGCUGUACGCUACUUAAUGAGGUUCCCAACUGAAUACACAUGCAAUUUAAUGAAUGAGGCCCGCCAUGCUGCCUUUGGAAAACUAGCUGCAAAAAUGGUUCUUGAAAGUCUUGCUGGAGACUGGCCCAAGGUAGAAAGUAGUGACAAGCCAAGGUCUGAUAUUGAUGAAUAUGUGUGGUCCAAUCACAAGCCAUGGGUCCCUAGGCCUCUACUAAGCAUGCAUGUAAGGAUGGGAGACAAAGCAUGUGAAAUGAAGGUGGCUGAAUUUGAAGAAUACAUGAAGCUUGCUGAUCGAACCAGGAAGCACUUCCCAAACCUUAAUAGCAUUUGGCUGUCCACUGAGAUGCAGGAAGUGAUCAACAAAACCAGAGAAUAUUCUCACUGGAACUUUUACUAUACAAUGGUAAGGCGUCAAGUUAGGACUAAUAUGUCAAUGGCAGAAUAUGAAGCCAGCCUGGGUAGGGAGACAAGCACAAAUUAUCCACUAGUUAAUUUCUUGAUGGCUGCUGAUUCUGAUUUCUUUGUUGGGGCAUUGGGUUCUACUUGGUCCUUCCUUAUAGAUGGAAUGAGAAAUACUGGGGGAAAGGUAAUGGCUGGGUACUUGAGUGUCAACAAGGACAGAUUUUGGUAGGGUCAUCAUGUCAUGUCUGUAAAUUAGAUCAUUGGUAACUACGAUAGUAACAUGAUUCUUUGUAUGUAUAAUUAUUGUACAUAUUCCAAAACCCCCAAAAAUAAAACAGCACAAUCUCUAAUUCAAAGAGUGAUGAUAGAAUCAAAAUACUCGGACCUUGUUCUU